AUGGCUACCACUGCCACUACUACGUCUCCCGAUGCAAACAAGACUACUUUGAAUGGCUAUGUUGGUUUCGACACCAUCACCCAGCAGAUUGAAAAGAAACUACUCAAACGCGGAUUCCAAUUCAAUGUUAUGGUUGUUGGUCAGACGGGUCUCGGCAAGUCGACAUUGGUCAAUACCAUCUUCGCCUCGCAUCUCAUUGAUAGCAAGGGUCGUCUCGAAGCAGCAGAGCCUCCACGUCAAACCACAGAGAUUGAGCAAGUCUCUCACUUGAUUGAAGAACAUGGUGUGCGUUUGAGACUCAAUAUCGUCGAUACUCCCGGUUAUGGUGAUCAAGUCAAUAAUGAAAAUUGCUGGGAACCUAUUGUCAAAUACAUCAAGGAUCAACACUCAGCCUACUUGCGAAAGGAAUUGACAGCUCAACGUGAUCGUUACAUUACCGAUUCUCGUGUUCAUUGCUGCUUGUUCUUUAUUACACCAUCCGGUCAUUCGCUCAAGCCUAUUGACAUUGUGGUGCUGAAAAAGUUGUCAGAGGUUGUCAAUGUCGUUCCUGUGAUUGCCAAAUCGGAUUGUUUGACCAUGGAAGAACGUGAUGCCUUUAGACAGCGUAUCAAGGCUGAGUUGGCAUUCCAUGAUAUUCGACUUUAUCCUUAUGAGAGUGAAGAAGACGAUGAGCAGGAACAAUCGUUGAAUGAGUAUAUUCGCGAUUUGAUCCCGUUUGCCGUUGUGGGCUCGGAGCGUAACGUGGUUGUGGAUGGCAAGGCAGUACGUGGACGCAAGACACGAUGGGGUGUGAUUAACGUGGAGGACGAAAAUCAUUGCGAGUUUAUCCAUUUACGCAACUUUUUGACGAGAACUCAUUUGCAAGACUUGAUCGAGACCACAGCACAGAUUCAUUAUGAAGCUUUCCGUGCUAAACAAUUGUUGGCCAUCAAAGAAUCCACCCAACAACCAACAUCACCUGCAGCAACACCUGUACGAACCACUUCCAAUCCUUCUGCAGCAUAA